AGGAAGUAAGAGAGCGGUGUACUAGCCGAGUGCUCUACUUAAGAGUAUUCUAACAUAACGCACUGCGGCGGGAUUCUUACAGACUCACUAGUAUUUUAGUAUUAUUUAGACAAGUUGGAAUAUUUUUUCCCAGCCAGAUUUAUUACGUUAAACUUUAGCUGCGAGUUAUGAAUUAAAUUUAGUGACCCAGUGGGAAAUAUGUAUUUUUACUUAGUUUCCAUGUAGUGUGAUAAGUAUAUGGUGUUAUAAAGAGCUAAAAUGGGUUUUAUUAAAUACAGUAUUCUGGUUAAACAUGUCUUCAGUCCGGGGAGGUUUGUAUGGAGAAGAUGUUCAAACUGGACAAACCCAUUAAACAGGUUUGAAUCAAACCAGACACAUGACAGCACACUGUGUCCAUGUUUUCUUCACACAUCACAGACAUAUUCUUCAAAAUAUAUCAAGUCUCUGCAGUGGUAUUUCUCCAGAAGGACUUUCUCAGGAAGUGCUUAUAAACAGAAGAACAAAACCCAGCAUCCUGGUCAUGAUGAUGAUGAAGAGCAGAGUUAUGAAGAUGAGGAGGAUUUUAUUGAGGAUGAAGAAGUGGAGGAGAUUUUCCAGCAGCAGAGACUUGUAGGAAUUGGAGAUGAGGACCACCAGGUGUUCAUUGUUCAUCCUGAUGUGAAAUGGGGACAUAAAAAGCAAUACCUGACCACAGCUGAUCUGCAGAUGGCCGAGGCUGUUGGUCUGGUCAAUACGUUACAGAACUGGACAGUCGUGGAUAAGAUCAUCCUCUCCACAAAAACUCCGGAAAAGAAAAGAAUCUUUGGAAAGGGGAAUUUCCAGAUGCUCACAGAGAAAAUCAGAAGAACCGCCGGUGUCUCGGCCGUGUUUAUGAACGUUGAGCGUCUGUCGUCGGUAUCAGAGAGAGAGCUGCAGGAGGCCUGGGGGGUGAAGGUGUUCGACAGAUACUCACUGGUUCUGUAUAUUUUCCGCCGUAAUGCCAGAACCAAAGAGGCCAAACUGCAGAUCUCGCUGGCGGAGGUUCCACUGCUCAGGUCACGACUGAAGAAUGAAGUUGCGAACUUGGAUCAGCAAGGUGGUGGUUCGAGGUACAUCAUGGGCUCAGGUGAAACUCUGUAUGAGGUGCAGCAGAGGCUGCUGAAGGAACGAGAGCUGAAGAUUCGCUCUGCACUCGAGAGACUGAGGAAGAAGAGGCACAUGCUUCGAUCGCAGCGCAAACACAAAGACUUCCCCAUCGUCUCGGUCAUGGGCUACACCAACUGUGGUAAGACCACUCUGAUCAAAGCUCUGACAGGUGAUGUUGCUCUCCAGCCAAAAGAUCAGCUCUUUGCCACUCUGGAUGUCACGGUACACGCCGGUCGGCUGCCCGGCCACAUGACCGUGCUGUAUGUGGACACCAUCGGCUUCCUGUCUCAACUGCCGCACCAGCUCAUUGACUCGUUUUCAGCCACGCUGGAGGACGUGGCCCAUUCUGAUCUCAUCGUUCAUGUGAGGGACAUCAGUCAUCCAGAGACCGUCAAUCAAAAGGUCAACGUGCUGAACGUUUUAAAGAAUCUUCAGAUCCCAGAAAGGCUCAUGAACUCCAUCAUCGAGGUGCACAACAAGAUUGACCUCGUUGAGGGCUACGAGUCACCUGAUCCCGAGGCUGUCCCGAUAUCAGCGCUGAGUGAGCUGGGACUGGAGGAGUUAAAGCAGAGAGUUGAAGAAUCCGUCAUGAAGUCCACCGGGAAACAAACCAUGAUUCUGAAAGUGGAUCUCAACAGCCCUCAGUUAGGGUGGCUGUAUAAGGAAGCCACGGUUCAGGAAGUGCAUGAUGGAGAUGACGACUGUACGGCCAACGUCAAGGUGGUGAUCAGCGCCGCAGCAUACGGACGCUAUAGGAAGCUGUUCCUGCUCACGCGGCAUAACACCACACACACACACCCCUGAGGCGUGUGUUUGUCCUCUUUCUGACACUAGGUAAAUAUUUAUUUAUGAAAAGUUUUCAUAUAUCACACACUGUAUAAACCAAGUAAAUAAAAUUGUACAAAAGUAA